CCCUGGGUUUGGUGUUCAUAUGCAUGGGGUUUUGUGCACUUAAGAUUGCAAUUAGAGUUUUCUUUCUUUCUUUUACUGGGUUCGGUCUGUUUUACUCUCUUGAACUGUGAAUUUGAUUUUUUUUUGCCAUUUUUUCAGCUUUGUUGCCUCUUUUCCCCCUGGGUUUAGUUUUCAUGUUCAUGGGUUCCGCGCACUUAAGAUUGGAUUAGAGUUUUUUUUUUUUUUUUUUCCUUUUUACUGGGUUUUGGCCAGUUUUACUCUGUUGAGCCGUGAAUACUUCAAGUUUUCUGGGAAUAAAUUUUUGCUUAUAUAUUUGCUGGUCAACAGUGCUAAUUUUCCGAUAUAUUGGCCAGAAUUGAAGGAAGAAGGCACUUAAAUCAUCCAUUGAAAUGGAGAACACCAACUACGAGGAGGAGCUGAAGAAUGAUCGCAGGCUUGUUUGCAGUCUCAUAUACGAGAUUAAUUGCAGAAAAGAACAGUUGUCCCAAAUGGAACGUGAAUAUAACGAGAUGACCGCAACUCUUCGAGGACUCAUCAAUGGCCUCAUAGCAAAAAUUAACUCCAAGGACAGUAAUCUGUGGGGUUGGGAGCUUCAAUAUAAUGUAACUGUGAGACAGUUGAAGGGCAAGAAUGCUGCGUUGCGCCUUGCGUUUGCUGAAGGCACUUAAUCUUCCAUUAAAAUGGAGAAAACCAACUACGAGCUGGAGCUGAAGAACGAGCGAAGGCGUGUUUGCAGUCUCUUAUAUGAGAUUGAUCGCAGAAAACAACAGUCAUUCGAAAUGGAACGUAAAUAUAACAAUACGACUGCGACUCUUCAAGGACUCAUUGAUGGCCUCAUAGCGAAAAUUAACUCCAAGGACAGUUGUUUGUGGGAUUGGGAGCUUCGAUAUAAUGAAACCAUGAGACAGUUGAAGGGCGAGAACGCGGCGUUGCGCCGUGUGUUUGCCGAAGAAAAUCGAAAGGAAAAGGCUGAAAACUAUAAGCUGAGGUGUGAACUUAGACGGCGAACCAAGGAACUCAAAGAUUAUAAAUCUCAGAAUGAUAACAAUAUGGAACGAAGAAGCUUUUUGAAUGAAAUUGAAGCGCCGAAAGAGAAUGUGCCUUGUCGAGAUCUUAUUGAACUCGAGAAAACUACGAGCGAUCAGAUUGCUGCUCUAAAGGAACAAUUGGAGGAAACAUCAGAGGCAUUGAAAGAUAUGGAAAGCCGAUACAGUUGUCUUACGGUGAAACAAAUCUUAACUAAUCAAGAAGUGCAAGAUGCUCGAAAAGAAUCGAUAAAUGGUCUUAAUGAUGUAUUGACAAGCCGAACAACUCUUGUAGUAAAAAGAAUGGGAGAGAUCGAUCAAAAAGCUUUUGAAGUUGCUAGCUCUGGGAAGUUCCCGAACGAAGAUUGGCAAGAAACGUGUGCUAAAUUAUGUUCAUUAUGGCAACAAAACGUGCAGGAUCCGAAAUGGCACCCGUUUAAGAUGAUCAAUAUCCGAGGCAACUUGCAGGAAAUAGUAGAUGAAGACGACGAGAAGCUGAAGGAGUUGAGAAAUGAAUACGGUGAUGUCGUGUACGAGGCUGUUAGCACCGCAUUGAUGGAAAUGAACGAAUAUAAUGCGAGCGGAAGGUAUGCAGUCCCCGAGAUUUGGAACAGAAAGGAAGGAAGGAAAGCCACCAUGAAAGAAAUCAUUCAGUACGUAAUCGGGCAACUGAAGAUUCAUAAGCGUAAACGAAAGCAAAUUCCGUGAUCUCGAUCGCUAUUUACAUGGUAAGCUUACCUAUCCUUUACUGUCAAUCACUAAUUUGUUCAUGUUCGCUUUUUACAUAUCAUGAAAACUAAUCAUUUCGAGAUUUGUGGUUGUCAUUCCCAACAACUUUGUUUUCAAUACUUUUUAAUAUCAUUUUAGAUUUUAAAA